ACGGGUGCGCUACAAAUCGUACCCUCCCACCAUCCAGCAUGGUCGCACUGAAGAUUGUCGUCGCUCUACUUUGUUUGGGAUUGGUUGUCGCCGAGGAGACUCAGCGCGAGAAGCGUGGCGGCGGGGGUUAUGGCAGUGCCGGACACGGUCAUGGGGGACAUGGAGGCGGCGGCUAUGGUACUGGCGGUGGCGGCUACCUGAUCGUUGGUGCUGGUGGCGGCGGCGGCGGCCAUGGACCUAGCGCUUCUGACAUCGCCAACCAGGCUGCACAUCAAGCCACAGCCGCUGCCGCAGGUCUUCCUGGAGCUGCCAACGCAGCCGCAGGGGCCGCAGCUAAUCAGGCUGCUGCUGCUUCAUCGGCCGCAGCACAAACAGCUCAAGCUGCCGCAGCCAAUAAGCAGUCUCAGGCAGCACAGAUUACAACUGCUGCCCAAGGAGCGCAGGCAGCAGCCUUCGCCGAAGGCUCAAUGACCUCCCGGACCAUAGCAGCCGAGCAGGAAGCCAAGAACACGUACAAUCUGGCGGUGCAGGCAGCCAACGAUAUUGACGCUGCUCACGCCGAGGCUCGAGGCAUCGUGGAGGAGACUUACCAGGCCCUGGUGGCUGCCAGAGCUAUGAGGGCAGCGCAGGCAGCCAUGGCCUGGCAGGCUCAGCAGGCCUCUUACUCCCUUAAUCAACAGCAGAAUCUGUCCCUGAACGACCUGCAAAAGGCAAAUCAAGCAGCUGCCCAGGCCGAGGCAGCAGCAGCUAAGGCACUGGCUAAAUCUAAGAACAGAGGUUACGGACAUGGAGUGCACUAAGUAGGUUUCCUUUCCAGCUCUUCUUCACAGCUGUACCAGUCGUUAUGUCGUGUACUGAAAUUGUUGAAUAAACGCCACUAGUCAAAGACAUGA